AUGCUCGCCCUGAGGAAGUUUGUCCAAGCUGUUGUCUUGCUUUUCUCUGAUGAAUACCUCCGCGCUCCCAUUGCAGAAGAUACUGCUCGACUAUUGGCCAUUGGCGAGCAAAGAGGGUUCCCCGGGAUGCUGUUGAGCGUCGACUGCAUGCAUUGGGUUUGGAAGAACUAUCCGAAAGCGUGGCAUGGCGCAUAUACCGAUCAUAUGUGCAAACCGUCCAUAGUUUUGGAGGCGGUUGCAUCUUUUGAUCUAUGGAUAUGGCAUGCUUUCUUUGGAAUGCUUGGUAGUCUGAACGAUAUAAAUAUUUUGCACCGCUCUAACAUUUUCAGUAGGCUCACCGAUGGGACUGCGCCCACAGUGUCAUAUAAAGUUAAUGGUAACAUGUAUGACAUGGGGUACUACAUAGGGGACGGAAUUUACCCCGAAUGGGCGACCAUAGUGAAGCCAAUUUUAGCACCAAGAGGGAACAAGAGCGUGCAUUUCUACACCAUGCAAGCAGCAGUCUGGAAAGAUGUGGAAUGCGCAUUUGGUGUCCUGCAGUCGAGGUUCGCCAUAAUUCGCGAACCAGCAAGAGUUUGGGAUCAAAGCACGGUGCACAACAUUAUGACUGCAUGUGUCAUAAUGCACAAUAUGAUCAUUGAGGACGAAAAGGGUAGCACCGAUGUGGAGGAGGUGUAUGACUAUAUGGGCGAGAAAGCGACAGUGCAUCAAGAUCUAGACCAAGCAAUCCUCCAGUACAUCGAAGUCACUGAAGCCAUCAGGAACCGAGCAUUGCACCACCAAUUGCGUGAUGACCUGGUGGAGCACUUAUGGAGUCUUCAUGGAGCACAGUAG